GCGGCGCCGCGGGCCGGGGCCACGGGGGGCGGGGCGCGGGGCACGGCCGCGGGGCACGGCCGCGUCCCGCCUCUCGGUGCGGCGCUGGCGGCGGGGCCUGGCCGCGGGGGAGGGCCGCCGCGGCGCAGCCAAGAGCGGGCCGCGGGCGCCGACACCCUCCGCGGGCACAGGCGGCCCGAGAGAGCUAAAAACAGAAUCCCAAAAUGAGGAAGGUUUUGUGCGUGGAGCCCGUCAUUUUCGUCUACACGUUUGCGUCUUCCUUGACCAGCCCGCUGAUGCAGCAGCUUAUCUACCGGAGGCUGUGGCAGGAAGAAUACAAUUCCACUUUCAUAAGCAAUAGCAAUAUUAGUCACUGUGAACAAAAUAAAAGUAACCCAGCUUAUAUCAAGCAGAAGGAAGUUCAAGAAAAGGCCUCUCUUUUUACUAUGCAGUUGGACCUAAGUGGGGCAAUUCCCAGCCUUAUAGUUGCCUUUGUCAUUGUAGCUAAUGGGGAUCGCCAGGGACGAAAAAGGUCUUUAGUUUUACCAUCAAUGGGAGCUCUGAUUACAAAUAUCUUCCUCACUAUGAUGUCAUACUUUUCCUUGUCACUCUCUAUCUUAUAUGGGGUUGCAUUUAUUACUGGACUGUUUGGGAGUAUGGCAGCUUUCCUUGGAGGAGGCUUUGCUUUUAUAGCAGAUGUGUGUCAUGACGAGAAGCAGAAAACAACACGAAUAGCUGUGGUUGAUUUGAUUUUUGGACUUGUAUCUGGAUUGGCAGGACUGUCUUCUGGCUACUUUAUAAAAGGAGUAGGCUUUACAUGGACAUUUGUGACAACUUCUCUGCUUCAUGCCAUUAAUAUUAUCUAUAUUAUAUUUUGUCUGGAAGAUACAGUAAAUGUAUCUGAAUUCCAGCAACAGGAUCCAGUAUCUUGUAAAGAAGUUCUUAAAGAGACAUUUUCUGGAGUGUACACGCUUUUUAAAAUUGCCCCUUUUAAAAAGAGAAUUUUAAUCAUUGUGUUGCUGUUUACAUUUAUGACUUAUUUGUUUACUAUGUUUGGUGGGAGUUCACUUUUUACACUGUAUGAACUGGAUGAACCACUCUGCUGGAAUGAAGUAUACAUUGGAUAUGGAGCAGCUGCCUUCACUUCUAUCUCUCUGACUAGUUUUUUAGGAGUUUACUUACUUUCUAAGUGUCUCAAAGACAUUUAUAUUGUCUUUAUUGGAAUGUUUUCUUGCAUUGGAGGAAUGGUCAUGGUUGCCUUUGCCAAAACUACCCUGCUCAUGUUUCUAGUAAGAAUACCAUCUUUACUUUGCUUUAUGCCUAUUCCUGUUUUACGGUCCAUGCUGUCAAAAGUCGUUCUUGCUAGUGAACAGGGUGCUGUGUUUGCUUGUAUUGCCUGUUUAGAAGUUGUGACCGGUACUAUUUCACUUUCAGUUUUUAAUAGUAUCUAUGCAGCUACUGUUGCAUGGUUUUCGGGCUUCAGCUUCCUUUUAUCAGCAGGCCUUUGUCUAAUUCCACUGAGUGCACUGUGCUGGCUUCUGUGCACAAGCUGGAAUGGAGAGGAUUUGGCUCUACUUGUACACGAAGAAGUAUCCAGCAUAGACAGUACUGAUAGUUGAAUAAAGGAUUCACUUACCUGGGUUUUCUAAUCUGACAUGCAGUGGCAGAGACCAUUGUAUCACACAUGCAGCAUGGAGACAACACAACAAUUAAAGAUGCGAUCUAAAAGUGGCCCUGCAACACUAACCACUAAACUGAUAGCACUCUAUUUCCAGUGUCUCCUUUUAGCACUUGAAUUAAACUAGCUCGUAUACUUAACUAUGCAAAUAGGCUGGCAGUGGAGAUUUUAAUGCUGCUUUCAGCAUAAAGAAAAAAUAAGGUAGGAUGAUACUGUCUUUCCAGGUACCCUUUCUCAAGUUUGAAAAUGUUAGCUGUGGCAUGUUGUACAUCUUGUAUCAUUCUAAGUGGGGUGACAGCAAUAAGCUUAUUAGCUCUUCAGCCAGAGUGUGUGGGAAUUCUGCUGAAGCCAGUGGAGCUCAUGCCAGCAAAGGAUGCAGUCCACUGUGGACAUCAUAAAAAAGCUGCCUAACUAUGAAGCAUACAGAAUUGUCUAAAAUUAUUAAACUAAAAGGUACUUUUUUCAGAAGGCAACCAAACUGGAAGAAAUACUAGCAUCUGCUGUAAGCUGCAGUUAGCAGAGAAUGUUUGUGCAAGUCUAACUUACGAUGUGCGGACUUUGCCUGUGACUUAGUUCUUAAAAUGGAUUUUCACACUGAGCAGUCGUACUUAGAAAAUUUCCAGCAUGCAGAGUGUGAAGUUAGGCCUAUGCCUACAUAUUGCAGAGGCCAUACUGCACAUUUAUUUUUAGAUUAUAAAUGUAUUAUCCUUUUCCAUGUAGUGGGGACUGCAUAUAGACAGUAUUUUUUGUCCCAUGAAUACUUGUUUCCCAGCCAAGUUGGGCUGUACUGGACUUAAAUGUUUCUUCCAGUGAAAGGAUAUAUCUUUUCAGUGGAUCUUCUGAUUUUUUUUUAAUAUCCCUGAAAUAAGGUGACCAAAUCUGAACCAUGCAUCUAAUCAUCUUGCAGUGAAUGCAGCAUAAUUUAUUAGCACUUGAGUAGCAUUUCUCAUCUUCAAAGCACCUUAUAAAUGCUAUUAAUUUUAAAGAACUUCCCUCCUUUACAGAUGCUCUCUUCUGUUUCAGAGAGAGAGAAAUAAACAGAACAAGUGACUCAUCCUCAGCCACAGUGCAAAUUAGCAAGAGCACCAAACCUAGAAAUCAGUUUCUGCUCCUUGACUCUUUAGCUUUUUGCUUGAGAUCUUUAUGUAGAAAUUAGCACAGCUUCUGGAAUGUACAGCACAGCAGAAGAAAUGUGAAUAUGAUCACCACGUUAAAGACCACUCCCAUGUGCUUUUUUAAGAGAGUUUUACAGGUAAUAUUGUUCUGAUUACUGAAAGUACAGGUAGGCUGUGUGUGACUUUCUUCCCCCAAAACAGACUAGGUAGAAAAAUCAAAAUAUGAUAAGCUGGUUGAUGUUCACAAGAGGAAAACCGUAGGAAAGCACCUGUGAAGUGGGAACUGACUUUGCAUGCACAUAGCAUAGGAUAAAAAUGACAGCCAUAGCAUACUGUGCAUAAUCAGUGGUCUACUAAUAUGAAUUAAUAUCCGUCAUAUGAACAGAUUACUUCUGCAGAGCUUCUUAGUGGCAGUCCACCAAAAAAUAUCAGCAUAUCAAGGAUGAUACUGUGGCAGAUCCUUUCUGUUUGAACUACAAUAUUGUUUCCAAGCUAUGCAUCAUGACCACUGAGAGGUUUGGAAAUGAGUUCAAGUAAGGUCAAGGAGAGUUUAUACUAUCCAGCAGACUACUGUCUGUCACUGCUGAAAGCAGUUCAAUUCCUCCAGGAUAAGGGCAAUAAAGCUAAUACGCAGCUAAUAAAUACAGCCAGCUCUCACUCUUUUGUCCUGAACUACCAAGGCUGAUGUUGGCAGUUAAAGGCCAUUGGCUUUUGCUGUCCAGUUUAAGGACUAGCUAGUAAAUAAAACUGCUUAACUCUCCUUCCCUGCACCACCUGAGUUGCUGCCAAUUUCUUGGAGAAGGGAGCCAAGUUUUAUAACAAUCAGUGGGUCCAAAACAUAGUAAGUACUUCCAAAGAGAUUAACAAAACACUGAUCUGAAGGACUUCAGCACAAAGAUUACAUUGUCUUCCUUUCUUCUUUAUGAAAUGUACUAUUUCGUACAAAAUUGCCUAAGAAAAAAUAAAGCAAACAAAGAAAAUAGGGAGUCUUCCUUCAUCUCCUCUUCUUUAGUGAAGGCCUCUGCUAACGCUGAUGGUAGCAACAAAGAAAUCUAAUUCAGCAGUAGCAUUCUGUUAGCCCAAAUGAGAGUUUUCACGUACAGUUUAGGGAUGGCUUUGUUAUGAUUUGAUCUUGCUGUACAAAGUAUGUGCUGUUUGCAAAAUAUUUGUGGCUGACACAGCCUUUAGAACUGGCUGUAAAAUUAGGUCAAAACAUACAUAGGAUAUGAAAAGUGUUUUUAAAGUGCCUAGCACAAUGCAAAUUGAGGAAACAAGGUACUUGUGUUUUUUGUUUUUAAAUCUAAAUCUUCAGGUUGUUGCUCUAUGUGUAUAUAAAGGCAAGUAUUAUUUUGACAGAAAUUAAUAAAGUGCAUUUUGGUCUUUUAAA